AUGGUAUCAUAAUUGACAAUCUAAUAUAGGCAGUAUUAGAAAGUAGUUAAACAUAAAAUGAUACAAAUUCUGACUUCUCAAAAUAAAAAAUUAGAAUGAGAUAUAAUACAAGACAAAAUAUGCUUAAUAUAGAAUAAUUAUAACAUUUAAUCAAUGACAUUAAACAUUAAAUGAGAAUAAAGUCUAUGGAUUCUUUAAUGAAGAAUUUAUAUUUUAAGAAUGUAUUGUUAUCCCAACAUAAUUGA